UUGGGUCGGGUAUUUUGGCACCAGUUUCAGUUGUUUAUAAACAUUUGCACUGUUCUUCUGGCUAAGCUUUCUCUCUGUCUGUUGCCUUGUCUGUUGCCUUGCCUUGACUGUGUGUGAGAUUGAGAGGCCAACAAGCAAACCCUGGUUUGAUUAAACAUGGGAAACAAGCCUGCAAAGGAAGAGAAGGAAGAGAUAUUCCUAAAGAUUGUACCUCCUUUGGACCGUGCAUAUGUGCGGUGGCUUGCUCGAGAUCUUGAGAGGAUUCAUCGCUUUACUCCAAGAAAUCCACGUGCUGUGAAGCCACCAGAUCAUUACAUCGAGUACAUGCGCUUAAAUGGAUGGUUGGAUUUGGACCUGGAUGAUCCUGACCUUGCCCACUUAUUGAAGUAGAUAAUCAUAUAUAUAUCUACUACUUGUAAGAGAUUAACAAAGUGAGACACAAUACUUGGGUUUUGGGAGGUCUUGAAAUUAAUAUUUUGGUGUAAAUGCUUUAUAUGAAUACUUUCCGAUAGUUGGGUUAUCUUGAUGAGAAAAUCGUCUUAAUGAUGAAAGUUGGCUGGUUUUCAUUUGAUAUUAUGGUACGCUUGGAAAGUAUAUCCAAGGCUUGAAAGCAAAUCAAACCCCAGAUAUGGCAGCCCAUUAGACUUGUGCGUUCAUUUUAACAUCAAGGUUAUAUUUUGUUAGUAUUA